CGACCUCAGCCUGGCCCGUGACCCGUAACUUUGUUGGAAAGCAUCCCUGAAACUAUGAGGGCUCCCCUGGUUUUUAUCAUUACUUUAAGUCUCGUGCCGUCGCGGAUUAUGCCAAGAAACCAUUCUACUUCUUUUAAACCAGGGAACCCCCGGACCUUCGAUCCCCUUUAACCGAGAAGAAUCUCCUGAGAUCGAUCCAUGGAGGCAGAGCAAGCCAAGGCCAAACUUUUGGCUGUGGCAGAAGAACUUGGUCAUGAGAUACGCAUAUUCACAAACUCAGCAAAUUCUGCAGCAUCGAAAGAAAUAUCUGCUUCUUCAAGUGAGGAACCGGACCAUUUCUAUGAUCUUACUCCUGAAGAUUAUUAUCGAAUCAUGUCAGACAGAAUACGAGCCCAAUCCCAAAUUCUAAAGACCCGUAAAAUGCGGGAAGCAGAGGCAGCAGCCCGCAGGGCAAGGAUCACUAAGGCUGUAAUUAGGGUUCGCUUCCCUGAUAAUUACAUUCUUGAGGCAAAGUUUCAGCCAUCGGAGAAAAUUGAAAGCUUGAUGCAUCUUCUCAUGAAAGUUGUUGCUCGACCAGACCUGCCAUUCUAUUUAUAUACCACUCCUCCAAAGGAGCGAAUCAAAGACACUUCAAAGGAUUUCUAUUCAGCUGGCUUUGCUCCUGGAGCUAUAGUUUACUUUUCUUUUGACCUGCCAAAAGGUGUAGCUGGGUGGCCUCAGACUGGUCUGUGAGCACCUGAACCCCUGCCAUAGUUCGGGAAGCUGCUUAGCUUAUAGCCUUGCACUAUGAUGUACUUGUGAUAAUGUGUAGUGUAUUAUUCAAGGAACUUUGGUCAUAUUAGAAUAGUAUGUGGUUUGUGUGUGCAAAUAAGCUCCUUUUCUUCAUAUGUUAUAUUCAAUGUCUUGUUUUAUAGUCAAAAAAUAUAGGUUCAAGUUAGUCAAAUCUUCUAUAAGUAUAUCCUUGUAAAGAAUAAACUCGCUCUCUCUCUUUCAAUAAUCGGAAACUCUUAUUGUUUCAAGCAUUUAACUCUAGUAGCUAUUUGCAUUACCUACCUCUAUGUUUGUCACUUUAUUCCAAAAUUCCAAGAUAAAAGGGCGGCCUAGUGCACAAGGCUCUUGCCAUUGUGGGGUCUGGAGAGGGUCAAAUUUAUGCAGCCUUACCUCUGCAUAUAGAGAGGCUAUUUCUGUGUUUCAAACUCGGGACUUCCAGGUUACAAUGGAGCAACCUUACCAUUACACUAGGGCUUACCCUUAUUCCCGAAUUCCUAAGAUAGCAUCAAAAUCUGAUAAUCAUGCAAAUUUUGUAGGUGAUUUUAAUUACCCAUAUGAUCACACUUACCCAUGUAAUAUAUGUGUAGUUUCUUUGUCUUAGGCUUAACAUUUAACUAUAGAAAGUCCAAACCAGAUGAUGAUAGCAUUCGUUAAUUCCUUAAAAUCUGAUAAUCAUACAAAUUUGUAGGUGAUUGUAAUUACCAGUUUGAUCACACUUACCCAUGUAAGAUAUAUUUAGCUUCUUUGUCCGAAAUAGGCUAUUUAACAUUUAACUAUAAAAAGUCCAAACUAGAUGAUGUUUUGGGUUGUUGACUUGGCACCAUGCUUCUUGUUCUACUAGCUUAUCUGAUUAUAAUUAUAAAAAGCUUCAUGUUGUUGCUGUUACUC